UUUCUGCAUUCUUAUUUUUGUUUGUGUUAAUAAGUGUAUCUGAUAAGUGUAUCUGUUUAAUAAAAUGUGUUACAACUGAUACAUGUUAUGUAACAUAAUCGCUUUAUUUAAUUACCAGUAUUAAGAUCGAGUUUUAUUUGAAUAAGUGCAAUUACCUUCAAUAAUUAUAUACUAAUACAAUAAAAUUUAAGUUGAUAAUAGAUUUCAGCUUUCUACAUUUGUAUCACACAUCCAAAAUAUGUUAGGUUGUUGUUGGUGUUGUUCAGCUUUACGACCAAGGUACAAAAGACUAGUUGAUAACAUUUUUCCAAUAAAUCCGCAGGAGGGGCUUGUCAAAAAUAAUAUGGAGAAAUUAACAUUCUACUCAUUGAGUAGCCCAGAAAAAUUGGAUAGAAUCGGAGAGUAUUUAUUUCAACGAGCUUCAAGAGAUAUUUAUAGACGACGAAAUGGAUUCGUUAUUAUUGCUAUGGAAGCAAUGGAUCAGCUUCUACUUGCUUGUCAUGCACAAACUUUGAAUCUUUUUGUUGAAAGCUUUUUGAAAAUGAUUCAAAAACUUUUAGAAUCCACAGAUCCUCAACUACAAAUUUUGGCUACACAAUCGUUUGUCCGCUUUGCCAACAUCGAGGAGGACACGCCAUCUUAUCACACACGUUACGAUUUCUUUGUAUCAAAGUACUCUGCCAUGUGUCACGCCAACAACGACAAUCUGGAAACUCGUAAACAGAUUCGACUUGCCGGUAUUCAAGGGUUGCAAGGUGUCGUGAGGAAAACCCUUUCUGAUGAUUUAGUAGAAAAUAUUUGGGAAUCAGUGCACAUGGAUAAAAUUGUUCCAUCACUCUUAUAUAAUAUGCAAACUGCAAGGUAUGUGGAGAAAGAAAAUUCAACACCAGAUAGUCCCACAGAAGAGAGGUCAAAUCCUCCCCAGUUUGCUGAAACAUGUAUGCGGGAACUUGUCGGUCGUGCGUCUUUUGGUCAUAUCCGUUGUGUCAUUCGACCUGUAUUGAGACACUUGGAUAACCAUCAAUUAUGGGUUCCUAAUUGUUUUGCAAUCCACACAUUCCGAAUAAUUAUGUUUUCUAUUCAAUCACAAUAUUCCUAUACAGUCGUUGAAGCUUUAAUGACUCAUCUCGAUGAUAACUCAAAAUCUUCACCGAAAAUUCGAACAAGUAUUGCAGAUACAUUGUCAAAAAUUAUUGCCAUCGCUGCAGGAGAAAGUGUGGGGCCAUCUGUACUAGAGAUAAUAAAUUCUCUUCUUUCUCAUUUGCGUAUAAGUGUAACAAGAAAUCAGUAUUCUAGUAAUGAUGAGCAGCUUUAUCAAGAAGCUCUCAUUAACGCUCUUGGAGAAUUCGCAAACCAUCUUCCAGAUUAUCAAAAAAUUGAAAUAAUGAUGUUUAUAAUGAGUAAAGUUCCAUGUAGUCAACCAGAUCGUUUUAUUACUGUUGGAAAAGGAGACGUCUUAUUACAAAGUAUACUAUUAAAAUCUUUGUUAAAGGUUGGCACAAAAUAUCAAACAAUUCACUUGAACACGACAUUCCCGCCAAGUUUUUUGGAGCCUUUAUUACGAAUGUCUCUCGUAGCUGAUGCUGAGAUGAGACUUUUAGUUCAAAAAAUUUUCCAUACAUUAAUUGACAGACAUCACAAUAUUAAUAAGCUUACAAAACCCACGCUUAAUAUAUUAGAACUUGAUCUUGUGGUUAACAAAUCAUCUCGUCCAGAUGUAAUAUUUAUCCGUAAACAUGGUCCAGAAAUAUAUUUGGCACUUUAUGAAUCGAUUGAACUUCCGAGUAAUACCGUUGAAAAUAUAGAAGCGAUAUAUACCACAUUGGCUCUUCUUAUUGUAGAAUUGGCUUCUGAAGAAACGGUUCUAGAACAAUUAAGACUUAUUUUGAGCCUUCAAGAUCUUGCUAUUGUUAAUAGUCAACUUAGUACAACGUUGAAGUUAAAUUUACAUGCAAUUGUUGUAAGCUUAUUGAUUCUUAUCUCUCACGUCUGUAGUUUGACUUAUCUUAUUGAUUAUGUUGAAAAGAUUAUUAGUGCUCGUGAAAAAGAAGGAAUUCAUCUGUUGCCACCACUAGAAUCUGACUAUGAUGAUGAUUUGCCCACCAAAUUUUCUAGUUCUAUGCUAGUUGAUCAAAGCAUAGUGACCGAGUGUCUAAAAAUGGCCGGUUUUGAUGCUGGAAAAUUACAGCAAGGUUCUAAAUACAAUAGUAAUUCUUUACAACAUCGUCAUUCUUGGGUUGAUACUGCUGGACGUACUUCUAUUACGGAUAUCAAUUCUGGAAGUGUAGAACUAGAUAGCGGAGGUUCAUCUCCAGGAACACAAAAAAAACUGAUGGUCGAAGAGUUAACAUUUGAAAGUAUGAAAAAAAUAUUAACUGAAUCUAGUAACAUCCAGAAUGAGGAUGAAGAGAAAAGAAUACAAUUAUCAGAAUACUUUAGAAAUGCCUCAUUUCAAGAUCUCAUACUUAAAACUCAACCACAGCACGAUGUAUUGCAGAGUAAACUAUCUGAUAUAUUUAAUUCACUUACGGUGGAGCCAAGAAAUUUAUCUCAACAAAAUAUUCAAGCAAUUGACCCUAAGUCAACUCCAACACCAGCAUACGAAAUUCAUUUUCCAGAGUUAUUUGUUUAUUAAAAUUUUAUAUUUUACAAUUUAUUAAUUUAUUAUAUUAUAUUUUUGAUCAGAUUAAUCAAAGUUUAGACGUAGAUAAGUAAUGUGUUAAUGAACAUAUAUGUAACUUUUAAAAAAUUUAAGACUUUUGAAGACCGAAUCGUUUCUGACAACGUUCCUUUAAUAAAUUAUUUUUCACUUGAUAAUGUUAAAAAAAAUAAAUACAAACCUGAUGAUCUGAAAUUGAAAUAUUCAUAAAAGUAAACGUUACGAAGAAUUACUUAGUAAAACAACCUUAAAAUUUGAUUUAGUAUAAAUUCACAUAUUAUUGCUUUUUUUAGUCCUUUUAUAGAUGUAUAAUGCACAUUUGAAGUCGUAAAAAUAAAAUAGUCAAUAUAAAAUAAAAAAUUCUAAAAGUUUAUAUCAAUGCUGUUGUUGAAUAAUUUUUUUCUAAAAACAAAAUUCAUACAAUUGCUCAUUUCUUUAUAAUUUAAUUUUUUAAAUAGAAAAUUAGAUUGAACUGUUUAUGACACAAGUAUUAAACUUUUAAGAACUGAUUUCAAAACAAUAUCACUGAUAUCUCAAAAUAAAAAUUUUUUUAUUUUAUUAUAAAUAAAAAUUUUCUUUGCGGGAACUAAUAAAAAACAGUGAUAAUAGAUGUGAAAUGUAUUUUAUUUUAAUUGUGAAAAGAAAAGAAAAGAAUUUUAGAUAUUACUAUGUGACCUUAACAUUCGCAUAUAAAAUGAAUGGAUGUAUAUUGAAUAUUGUAGUAAAAAUUACAUAUAAAAAUGAAUUUUAAUGAAAA